AGGAAAUCGAUAAGAAGCUCACAGCAUACAGGAGAGGAAGCAAGUUCUGGAGGAUGCUUAUUUUUUGUCAGGGCGGACCUGGUCAUUUGUAUUUACUGAAGAAUAAAGUGGCGACUUUUGCUAAAGUGGAAAAGGAGGAAGACAUGAGCCAAUUCUGGAAGAGACUGAGUCGCUUUAUGAGUAAAAUCAAUCCAGAACCAAACGUGAUUCACAUAAUGGGAUGCUACGUCCUGGGGAACCCUAAUGGAGAAAAGCUGUUCCAGAAAUUGAAGAAUCUGAUGAGGCCUUAUUCUGUUGAGUUUGAGUCGCCGCUGGAGCUGUCUGCGCAAGGCAAAGAAAUGAUUGAGAUGUUUUUCGAUUUCCGCCUCUACCGCCUCUGGAAGACACGGCAACACUCCAAACUCUUGGACUACGAAGAUUUUUUGUGACAGAGAUAUCUGAAGAAUGAGCCCUCCGAUGCCACGAGGGCGCUGUAAAAAAAAAACCCAAAACAAAACAAAAAACCAUCAAAAAACGAACGCUCCUCGGGUGUUGUUCUCGGGGACGUCGUCGGCUCAACAUAAACAUAUCCCUGCUUGGGCUGAAAGAGGAAGAAAAGCAGAGCGAUGAUGAUGACGAUGAGGAGAUGCAACUGUGAUCUUCCUCGUUUUCAAAGUGACCGUCAGAGAUCAACAGAAAUAGGCUAAAAUCUGUACUCACACUGGAAAAACUGAGGAAAAGCCCUGACAGAGCGAAAGGAAUUGUUUUGCCUUUUAAGUUCUCAACAACACUGGGAGUUUUAAAAAAAUAUAUAUAAAUGUGUAAAAUAACAACCAGUAGAAUUUUAGUUACACCUUUGUUGCAAGGACGUUGUUUUUGGAGCCGACGAGCUUCCGAUAAAUUUCUGUAUUUCAUUYUGUCUCAGUGUGGUUCUGUGUUUUUGACCUGACCUCUCAGACAGUCUCAGCUUUCUGAGACAUGCAUAUAGAUAAUUAACCCAUAAUGUGUGUAUAGUUCACAUGAAUAUAUUAGCUUAUUCCUGCAAAUGGUACUCUAUAUAGGAUCAUUCUUUAUUUUUUUGAUGUGCAUCAUUGUGCAGUUUCAUAUGGGAAUAUUUUGAGAUAACUCAGGUUUUAGCCAUUAAGUAAUGACUCUGUUUGUUCUAUGAUAAUAAUAAUAAUAAUAAUAUAAUAUUCAAUGCCAUUGCUUUGGAUGAAUGUAUCAUCUCUGUAGAGAUCUGUGUUUGAGGAACUGAAUGUCCCCUCCCCACAAAAAAAGUGCUGAGUGUGUGUUUUCAAAAAAAAUUUGUGCAAUUGUGUGCAUUUUCUCCUUUAAAGCAAAAAGAAAAAUCGCCAGCAUCCCCACACGUUUCUCUUCGUCAUGUACAUUCAAACAGCAUGACAGUCGAGUGUGAUUUAUGAUGUCAAGGGAUAUAACAGCCAUCCAAGUGCUCCUACCACUGCAGUGAAGGAGUUACCCUAAUGAUCCCUCCUGUUCUACAGUCGAGGGUUCAUGCCACUUAGUUGGGCUCUGCUGUCUACCUGCCAAACCAGCUUCUCUUAAUGGCAGCCAAACGAGCUUCUGCCACCCUCUCACUCUGCUGGGCUGCCAUCCGGUGUGAGGACCAGAGCUCUCUGAGUGGAGGAAAAAAAAGUUGUGAGCCGAUAUCUGCCUCUCCUGCCAGGUGUCAGCAUGUUAGGGRAAAAAAAAGGACAGAAAGAUGCACCAGAUGUGUGCCUGAGACUUCUGUCCUAGUUAAGCAAUCUGGACAGUUUUAAUCUGAUUAAAGAUAGUCUAGCCCUCACACAGACUCACACACACACACAUAUACACACACAAGUUGAGGCUGAAACCAAAAUGCAUUCAAAAAUUUAAAGGGAUGGUUUUCUUUAAAAUAUAUUUUUAAAUCAGGUUGUGUGGAAAGGUUAUUAGUGGUCAAUAUCUUACCUGCAGUAAACAGCUGGGAGGAAUAUCUCAAUGUGCAGAAUUAGGGAGAAAUCCUCCUUAGAGUUAAACUAACAACUAGUCAGCGUGGGAUAAAUGAUGCCAGAAUAAGACCAGCUGCCCUGCAGGCUGGUUUCAGAAAGGGUUUUAAGCCCCACCCCUUCAUGUAAAAAAUAAAUAAUAAAUCAUCAUUAGUAAAAUUAACAAAAUAUACCUCAAAUAUUUUUUUCAGGGAUUGAUUUUUGUUGUUUUACACAGUUCUAUUCUUGCUGUUGUACAUUCAAAAAAUUAAUUUUUAACACUUUUGGCUGUAAUUAGUUUAGCAGUGUCCUGAUACCAGUACCAAUACCAUCAUUUUUACAAGUACUUGUAAACAUACAUAGUGUUACAACAGUAUAUAUCAUACUAUAUAUUUGAUUUGAUACAGUCAGAGGGACUGUAAGCCUAUAAGGAAGGAGAGCCACCUUGUUCUAAAUAAAACAGAGUUUUUAAAGUCAUUGUGUAAUGUUUAAGUUUUUACUCAGUAAGUACUCAGUAUCUGUAUUCAGUAUUGGCAAGUACCCAAUCUGAAGUACUCAUACUCAAAACAAUCUGGUAACGGGACACCCUUAAUGCUUAAAAUAAAGGUCGUAUGGCACCAUAAAUGUCUGUCAUGGCGCAGGCGGGGCUUAAACACCACAUAGUGUGAAGUAGCUUUUCAAUGACAGCUACCUACUGCAGGUAAGAUAGUGACUGUUAAUGACAACUCAACCUAAUGCAACUUAAAAAAAUUAACUAUCCUUUUAAAUCAGAAGCCCUCGUCACAGAUGCUACUUUAUGCAGAUACCUGGUAUUUGUUUUAAUUCAUCUUGAAGGGAAAAUAGUGUCGGCUGUGAGAGUUUUUUAAACAAUUUUUAUUAAGCAUUUGUGCCUCUCACAUCCUGUGUCAGAGCAAAGAUUUAUCCUAAAAGUGUUUGUUAUUCAUUUGAUGAACAGAUGAAGAAAAAUCUGACAUGACUAUGUUAGCGUCACACACCCUAAAACCAAUCAGAAAACUGCAAAUGUUACACUAGAGUUGGCAGAUUUGGAUGCAGAAAGUUUAUAUUUUGCACGAGGAAAGCUUUUGAAGCGAUGUUAAGUGGUUUUUGGUGUCAAGUGUUCCUAGCUUUGAUAACACAUACACUCACACCAGACAAUGAUUCUCUACAUCUAAAAUUAAAGUUCAUUUGAACAUUUGUGUGGAUACAUUAAAACUUUACCAUUAUAUGCUGAAUCAUUUUGUGUCGUCAGUCUCAGUGGACUGCUCUCUGUCCAGAAGAAGUGUGUUUAUUUUUUUUUCUUUUAAUGUAUUUAUUCCUCGUUUAAAUUGUGUUUUCUCUCUGAUGUUGCAGUCCUGGCCUGCAGUUCUCUCUCUCUCUCUCUCUCUCUCUCUCUCUCUGAGUCACGCAGUUUGUUUCCAUCACGGAUUUAAAAUUCAGCAGUUACACAACCUAUCAUUCCACAGAGCCAUUUUUAAUUCCAGCGUCUGCAUUAAGCUGCCAAAUUCUGCAAGACAUCGCCCUAAACAGCUGCUGGGUUUKAAUGGGAUUAUUUUCCAGAGCAGGUAUCAUUUUACACGUCAGAAACAGCCACGGGGUGAUUUCAGUUUAAAAGGUGCCACAGAAUAAGAAUAAUAAUAACAAUAAAAACAUUUAUUUUUUUUAAAGCAGGUUAAUUUAAAAAAAAAUGGAAUAUUUUGACUGAACCGACCAUCACGUGAUGAGCAGCAGACUCGGGAGUUUCAGAGAGCUUUUUAUUGUUUCCAUCAUCAGCACUGAAGAAAACCAACAAUCUAACAUCAUUUUACUGGAAAUCUAAUUAAAGAUACUAAUGUGUU